UGAAAAAGAGUGUGGUGGACCUGCAGGUCUGUAGAAAAGUGAGAGCAGCAGCAGCAGAGGACCCUUAAACAAAUACACACACAUAAACACACACAGGCAGACAGAGAAGCAGGAAAAGGACCUGGAGCUGAGCAGACAUACUUGUUCACUUUGCUCACACACUCUCUCAGUCGGCAGCAGCAGCAUGGUUUGGUGGAGAAUCCCUGAGGCAGCGUUUCUUCUCUCUGUGUGCGCGUGUGUUACUCUCGCCUACGAGGAUGACAUCGAGAUCCAGUACUCAGACUACUACAAUGAAAUCCCUGAUGGAGAGACACCAGCACCCACACCGAGUUCCACCCCAUGCAACUCUCCAGACCUGACAAAAUGGGACAAGAUCUUCUCCAUGAUGGAGAACAGCCAGAUGAGGGAGAACAUGCUGCUUCAGUAUGUUGAUGACAUCAUCAAGGUCGAAAUGGGAACACUGCGCGGUGAAUUGCGAAGGUUUAUAGCCGAGUCUGAAGGGUCAUGUGGGGCUGCUGUGAAGACAGCAGGAAGAUGGAUGGUCUUGCAGCUGGAGAGCCAUCUACGAGAAACUCGGGAGCUCCUCAAGCGCAGUGAUCUGACCCCUGCUGUUGGAAAUUUCAACCACCUGGAGGCCCAGAUACAGCAGCUUCUCUCUGCAGAACAUACUCAAACAUCCAGGCUGGCCAAGCUGGAGAGCAGCUGCAUCAGCAGCAGAAGUGCAGGAGCUGGCAAAAAUGGCCUCCCUCUCCAAGAAGUGACACCAGAAGAGGUUGCUUUGGAUGAGGUGCUAGCUGCAAUGCAAGAGGUGAAGGCUGAGCUGGAUGAAGAGCUGAAAUCAUCAAGGCAAAGGCACCUACCUGCAGGGUGUGAGAUGGCCCUCCUGUUUCCUAUGCGCUCCCGUCGGAUUUACACUGCUAUCAUUCCAGAUGUCACCCUGGCCCUGUCCACCUUUACUGUCUGCAUGUGGGUGAAGCCAACUUCAGUCUUCAACAAAACUGUGCUAUUCUCCUACGGACACCGUCGAAACCCUUCUGAAAUCCAGCUGCUGCUCGCCCAAACCUCUGCCGUGUUCACUGUUGGAGAGGAAGCUAGUCAGGUGGAGGCAAGGAGCGUGGUAAGCCCAGGAGAGUGGAUCCAUUUAUGCGGAGCCUGGUCCUCCGAGCAAGGCCUGGCGACCCUGUGGGUGGGCGGGAAGAAGAUGGCGUCCAACCCCGGGAUGGCCAAGGGACACAACUUUCCCGAGGGAGGCUCACUCCAGCUCGGGCAAGAAAGAAACGGCUGCUGCCCUCUGUCUCCCACCAGCGGGAGUGGUGUGGCCGGGUUUGAGGAAAGUUUUGAUCCAAAGCUGGCGUUUGCUGGGAAAAUGACGGGGGUUAAUAUGUGGGACACUGUCCUGUCAGAACAGGAAAUUUCCCAGUUGGCUGCGCAGCGAGGCCAGGGCUGCCAGCACAGGGGGAGCGUGGUGGCAUGGGGGGUGACAGAGAUGGUGCCACAUGGAGGAGCUCAGUUCAUCUACUGAUCCAUCAUUUUAAUAAUCAUAACAAUUUGUUGCAUACAUAUCCUCCACUCUGAUAAAAAAAAGUCAAGCUGAAACCGUGGACAUUUAAGAGUUUCAACAUGACAUUUUUAACACGUCUUUAUAAGUGAGACUCGGAUUCUCUGCAUCAUCUUUAUUGAUAUUAUCAUGAACGGUUAAAGGAAUAAAACAACCAAUGCUGUGAGAGACUGUGAGAAAUUGUGCUAUAACCUAUAAUUUUAAACUGAUUCCGUUAACUCAGUUUAGACAACAUGACGUGUUGCUGGAAACGUGUUGCAAGCAGCAUUUGCCAAAGACUUAAUUAGAGAGCAAGAAAGACACAAAGUUGCUAACUCAUUUUUGCUGACUCAACAAACUGGAUAAUGACCAGACAGCCAAGCAGAAAUAAGAAGUCCCACACAGUGACAAGAGAUGAUCCUGUAAUUGCAGGCUAAUGACAUUUUUCGUUUUUACUUCUGAGGAUUUCAUAGAAACAGCAGGUGCAGUUAACAAAUACAAACAACACAGAUUAUGUAUUUUAACAAGAACCAGUCAUUGGGAAAAUGUUGCUAUCUUUUCACCACGGCCUUAAAGGUACAGUUAACUGCAGGCGGAGGUAGCUUAGUAGUUUUCAUUGAAAUUAAACUUUAGAACAACAUAUGCAACACUAUUAAAAACUGCUGUACUUGCCUUCCUUUUAGAUAUGAAAAACUAGAACGUAGGGCUAAUUUUAUUAUUUUGUUGCAACGUUUUGGAUGUGUGAAAAACUUUUAAACUCAAACAUAUUUUUUAUAAUAAAAAUACUAUAUUCAUUAAGUGUUUACAUCGAUUUUAUGAAUAAUUAAUUUUAUGCUGUGUCUUUUCUUACCUGUGUUCAAUAGUUAGAUUAUUCUUUGUCUUUGGAAUGAACAAAGUAAAAAAAAUUAUUUUGAAUACGUGUAUGAACCAUGGGGAAAAUGUUUACUCAGUCAAAUCUUGCAUGAUUAAACUUGCAUAACUCUGUUGCUUGUAUUAUACUGUACAUUGUUUUAUGUGAAAAGAUGAAACAGAAUGUAUUUUGUAAAUAAAUAUUUUUGCAUAACACGAGUGAAUAAAUGGAAAGUUAAAGUGA